AUGUCUCGACACAGUUAUUCGUACUCCACGGCAACCACCGCCAGACAUAUGACAACCCACGGCACCAGUAGUGCCUUCAGCAGCUCUGCCAAUCCAGAUGAAGACUGGACAAAGAUCUCCGAUCUUGCUGAGCGGAGAAGAAUUCAGAACCGUAUUGCUCAAAGAAACUACCGCAAGAAGCUCAAGAGACGUCUCGAAGACCUUGAGCGUAGAGCCGGUUCCUCAUCAGCUUCCCCACCUCAAACGCAUGCGGAGCUUCAUCAACAGCCAGAGCGCAUCAACGAGAAUCAACAAUACAGAAGGAGCCCAGAAGAAGUACAACGACAAGUCUCCCCAAGACUUUUGCCUAGCCAAUACACACCUCCUAUGCACAGCGAUGACGAGAUCAUCUUUUCUCAACAUUUCGAUCGUGAUGGAUCGAGAACACCCCCUCUAUUCACAUAUCAUACAUACCCUGCUCCAGAGGAAAUUUCAUACCCACCAUACCCACAUUCGCAGCCAUAUCGUGCAGUUUCCGACAGUGACCGAUCAGAGGCAUCAUACCAACAUUACAUGGCACCUGUGCCGGUGACCUUGCCUUCCAUGAUGCAUUUCAACGACGCAGUCAAGCGAGAACCUGAAAACACCAUGAGUCCAUACAAUAUGAGCUACCAAGGCUUGCCAGCAAUCGAUAUUCAUUCACACCACGGAUAUGAUAAUCCUCAUACGCCACCUCUAUCACAUUCUUAUGAGCAUUCUACCACAUGUUCUGAGGGCGGAUACCAAUAUCCCACUACCCCCCUUUCCAUGCCUCCUUCGCCUCGCAUGAUGCCGCAGCUCAUCUCCACACCGAGAUUUGAUCUGCGAGGUCAUUUAUCUCCGUGCUACCAGUUGCAGCCUCGGUCAAGAGAUUCCGUGGGUGUCAGUGUCAGUGUCAUUGUCAUUGUUAGUGUUGGUGUUGCUUUUGUUGGUACUGUAGUGUUGUUGGAUCAAGCAUUAGAAUCAGAAUUAGAACUUAACUUUAGUAUCUCAAAAUUGACUCUAUCUAUGGAUCUCUUCGGUAGCUCAAAGCCCUGGUCGGCCGUCGAUUGGACCUCAAGUGAUGACCGAGUUCGAGGCGGAGCCUCACAAUCUUAUCUCAAAUGUUCCACGUCCUAUUCUGAGGCUACAUUCAACGGUACACUCGAUAUCAAGACCCUAGGGGGUGCAGGUUUCGCAUCCCAAAGAACGACUGGAGACCAUACUUGGGACCUUUCAACCUAUGAUGGAAUUCUACUCGAUCUGGGAAAGAGUGACCAGAAACAAUACACUUUCAUCGUCAAAGACGAAUCACUUCCAAAAAGUCCUGAUGGCAGAGAACAAAGUACGAUUAGCUGGGAGUUUGACUUUAAGGGUCCUGCAGAUCAUUCAUUGGUUUUCGCAAAGUGGGCAGAUUUGAAGCCCACUUAUAGGGGGCGAGAAAAGAAAGAUGCCAGUCCUUUAAAUUUGAAGAAUAUCCAAAGAUUUAGUAUUAUGAUGCGGAGCUUUUUCGGCAGUCAAGAAGGGGAUUUUUCUUUGGCCCUCAUCUCUAUAUCCGCCACAAAAAACAAAGAGAGUAUUGACACACCAUAUCGAGAUGAUCCCGAUGAGAGACAUCACACGAACCUAAAUACCAGAAAGGGUGAAGAAAUCCCUACAACACGGCAGAGUUGGUUGGGCUGGUUCUUUGGAUCAUGCAAUAUAUCAUAG